UGCUCUGAUAAAUAUCCGUUCUUUUUCUUCCGCUUAUCCAACUCGGGGUUGCGACGGAAAUAGCUCAUUCUGUCUACUAUAUUUAAUUUAUAUCAGAAAAGAAAGUAUGAGCUACGACUGCAUCAGGAGGCUACAAAUUGCAACAGGAGAAAAACUCAGAAAAUUUAACUCUCUGCGUGGUCGAGAGGUGCAACCUGGUGAGUUUUGGGAUGUGGUGGUUGUGACCGCUGUGGACGAGAAUCAGAGAAAAGCGUAUGAGCUGCAGAUCAGCGAGAAAGUUGACAGAAAAGAGCUUCCUGUUGGAGUUCACUACAAGGUCUUCUCAGAUCCUCCAGGACCGAAAAUAGGGAAUGGGGGCUCCACUCUGUACGCACUGCAGCAGCUAAGUGACAUCUAUGGAACGUCUCUGGGCAGACUGAAAGUAAUCCUGAUUCAUGCAGGGGGGUUCAGUCAGCGCUUGCCCAGUGCCAGUGCUCUGGGAAAGAUCUUCAUGGCCGUGCCACUGGGUGACCCCAUCUACCAGAUGCUGGAGCUCAAACUAGCCAUGUAUGUGGAUUUCCCAUCACAAAUGAAGCCUGGCUUUUUGGCAACCUGUGCAGAUGACAUAGAGCUCUAUAGUAUAGCAGAGGAGGAGAGUGUUAAGUUUCAUAAACCUGGCUUUACAGCUUUAGCACACCCCUCCCCGCUCUCUGUAGGAACUACCCAUGGCGUUUUUGUGUUGGAUCCACAUGAAAAGUUGUCUUACUCGGAAAUGGAGAACACUUCCUGCCUGCACUUCCUGCACAAGCCAAGCAUUGAUAAAAUGCGAGAAAGUGGGGCUGUGUGUAAGAAGCAGAGUGGAUUGUUUUCUAUGUCUGAUUCAGAAUUUGUCUACACAGACAGCACCUAUUAUGUAGACUUUGAUACUGCAAAGUCUCUUCUUAAUCUGCUGACAGAGUUGGGGCCUUUAAACUGUGAGAUAGAUGCAUAUGGGGAUUUUCUUCAAGCACUGGGCCCUAAGGCCACAAUAGAGUACACCAACAACACUGCUAAUGUCAGUAAAGAGGAGAGCAGUCUGGUGGAAAUCCGCCAAAAUAUCUUCCAUCUUCUCAAAGGGACUCCCCUGAAUGUCAUUCUUCUCAACAACUCCAAGUUUUAUCACAUUGGAACCACUUCAGAAUACCUCUUUCACCUCACUGAGGACAUGGCUCUGAGGGGUGAGUUGGGUCUCCUGUCAUCUGCCUUCAGUGUGCACAUGAAUGAAAACCCAGAGGGCUCUUCUGGCUGCUGCAUUAUGUACAGCAUCGUCAAUCCGAGUUGCUCUGUGGGAGACAGAUCAGUGGUGGAGUACUCCAGACUGGGGGAAGCAGUGUCUGUGGGUAAAGGCUCCAUCGUCAGCGGCUGCUGGGUCAGUCCAGGCCUGUCUGUGCCCGAUGAAGCCUUCAUGCACUCACUUUGUGUGAACCACCAAGACCAAACCAGGUUUGUUACUGUCUUCUUUGGAAUUAAUGACAAUCUCAAGUACACUGUGGACACUCCUGCAUAUAUGGAAGAGCUGAAGUUUUUUGGGUUCAGCAUUGAAAAGUGUUUGUCCGUUUGGGGGUUGGAGAAGGAAGUUUUGAGGUUCUCUGGUGACACAUCCAGCUGUAAUUUGUGGAGCGCUUGUUUGUUUCCAGUUUGCUCUGACCAGGAAGGCUCUUUCUUAAUGUCCCUCAGCAUGCUUCAGGCCAUCCUGAGUGGUUCUACAAGCCCCCUGCCCAAAGACACAAAGCUAGUGUCCAUGCAGGAGUGUUUACAAUCUAAGAAAUCAGAAGAGAUGUUGAAACUUAGGAAGCGACUAUAUGAUGACAUCAUAAAGGAGAGAUUGAGCAGCUAAAAUGCCCAUGUUUAUGCAUAUUUAGAUUGUGUAAAGUUUAUGAUGUGUGUAUGAGUCUGGAUGAUAAUUCAAUGGAUUGUUGAUUGCUUUUUAAACAAUCUGGAAUGCAACGUUUUUUUAUAUAAAGAUUUAGGGUUUUUCUUUUUUUGUUUUGUUUUUUUUAAAUUCAGUUUAAUUUGUUAAAACUUUCCUCUGUAAUUUGUCCUGUCAUUUUUGUUGUAUUUUUUUUUUCUCAGAACAAUACCAAUAUUCCUUAACAGGGCAGCACCAGGACAAUAAAAGCAAAGAAAAAUGUCAGCCUUCUGUAAAACUUUGCAGAAAGUUGCAAAAUGUGAAUUAAAGGACAGAAACAGAACUGAAA